AUGGAUACAAUCAACGUCUUCAUCUCGUCCUUUGCCGGCCUGUCGCUACCUCGCACACUGUCUCUUCCUGUGCCAGCCGACACCUCUAUCGCGACCUUCGCAUCACUUCUCUCCACCCACCUUCCACCUCACGCCGACAACCUUCUCCUCUCAACCACAACCUGUCGCAUCGACACCACAUCAACCUAUCCACUCCGCUCGCUCUUGUCCAGCAAUGAUUGUCCAACAUUCCUNCCUCUGCACCUCAGCGCACGCCUUCUCGGUGGCAAAGGUGGUUUCGGCUCCCAACUCCGCGCAGCCGGCGGCCGCAUGUCCUCGCGCAANAACCGCAACCGCAACCCCGACCAAAUAAACGGCAGCAACCGCAACCUCGACGGCCGCCGUCUACGCACAAUCACCGAAGCCAAAAACCUCGCCGAGUAUCUGGCCCUCAAACCAGAAAUGGACAAGAAGGAAAGGGAAGAGAGAAGGAAACGCUGGGAGGCUGUUGUGGAGGCCGCAGAGAGGAAAGAAGAAGAGCUCAAAAAGGGAAACAGGAAUGCGAGGUUGGAUGGCGAGUGGGUCGAGGCGAAAGAGGAGGCUGAGCAAAAGACUAGGGAUGCUGUAUUGGCGGCUAUGAAAGCAGGCUUGAUCGAGGGUGAUGAGCCUGUGCUUGAGAGGACUGGCAGUGAAACUUCUGAUGGUAGUGAUGCUCAGCCAGAGGCCUCGAGUUCCGCAUCCAGCGACAAUGACGACGUGCAAGCCACCAAGCCUGCUCCGCCUACUACUCGCGCCUUUUUCGGCUGGGACGACGAGGACGACGAAUUCAUGAGCGACGACGAAGAGGGUGAAGAUGAUGCUCCUGCUGAGCUUGAGGCUGCACCCAUUGCAUACGAGGGCAAAGGCAAGACCAAGGCAUGA